GACGGAUAUCUGUGCUCACACACGGGAAUUAUAACAGGUAACGUUCAUUUAGCAGCAACAGCAGCAGUGAAGCAAGGCAGUGUUGGCGUGGAACUACAGGGACACUGUCAUGGCUCCCAGCCUGGCCCAGGCCUACAGGAGGAGGUGGUGGAUGGCCAUCACUGCUAUCAUUGAGAAUCUGCUCUUCUCUGCUGUUCUGCUGGGCUGGGCUUCCCUGCUCAUCAUGCUGAAGAACGAAGGCUUCUAUUCCCACCUCUGCCUGGCAAAUGAGACCAGUGGCCCUAACAGAACCAUGGUACUGGGCAGCAGAAGACCCAGCUGUGUGGAGCAGGAUGAGAUGCUGAAUCUGGGCUUCACCAUCGGCUCCUUCUUCCUCAGCGCCGCCACUCUGCCCCUGGGAGUUCUGAUGGACAGAUUCGGACCACGGCCAAUCAGGCUCAUUGGAAGUUCCUGUUUUGCAGCAUCCUGUGCAAUGAUAGCUGCUGCUGCAUACGACCCUGAAGUGCUGUCUGUCCUCAUUUUCUUUGCUGUUUCCUUCAACGGGUUUGGAGGAAUCUGCCUGACCUUCACAUCUCUCACAUUGAUUUAUGACCUUGGAGUGUCAUUCCGGCUCAUCAUGUGGGUGUGGACAGGUAUGGCCUGCACUGUCUUCCUCAACUGCUUCCUGAAUUGGCCGGGUGAAUCCUUCCCGGCACCAGAAGACAUCAGAUACACUAAAAUGAAUAGUGAUGAAGAUAGGACGGCUGGGGACAAGUACGUCAACAAUUUGAUGAUUGCAGAGGGAACGACGGGAGACAAAUGGCCUGAAUCAGAGCAAGAAGAGUCCCAAAGCACGACCAAAGCUGCGGUGCCAAUCUGUCACUCUGUCUGCUCUCCCAUCUUCCUGUGGAGUGUCGUCGCCAUGGCAAUCACCCAGCUGAGGCUGAUCUUCUUCAUGGGAGCCAUGAACAAGAUGCUGGAGUUCCUGGUUACUCAUGGUGACCCGAACGCUUCAGAGGAGCUACAGAGGGAGGCUGAGGAGCAAGUUGGUUUCUACUCAUCCAUCUUUGGUUCAACGCAGCUUCUGUGUCUGCUGACAUGUCCUUUGAUUGGAUACAUGAUGGACUGGAAGAUGAAAGAGUGUGAAGAGGAGAAUCCCAGCCAACUAAAAACCAAGAGCGUCUCAGAGCCCCCAAUCAGAGACAGAAAGGUCCAGAAGCUGACCAACGCCAUCAGAGCCUUCGUCUUUACCAACUUCCUUCUGGUCAUGUUUGGAGUCAUUUCCUUAAUUGACAACUUGCCCAUACAGGUGGUGUCGUUUGUUCUUCACACCAUAGUGAGAGGAUUCAUCCACUCCUGCUGUGGAGGCCUCUAUGCUGCAGUGUAUCCCACUAACCACUUCGGCACUUUGACAGGAUUCCAGUCCACCAUCAGCGCUGCUUUUGCUUUACUCCAGCAGCCCCUCUUCAUACUGAUGGUGGGCCACCUCAGAGGCGACCCUUACUGGAUCAAUGUAGGACUUCUAAUCUUCUCCCUGGCCGCCUUUCUGUUGCCUUGUUAUCUGUUCUUUCACCGGAAAACCCUGAUCAGAGAGAAGGAGCAUCUAGACACCAACCCUGCCCACCAAUCAGAGAAGGAACUCGCUGACAUUAUCCAAUCAGACUGUGGAUCUCAUCAGAGACGACUUGAUGGACAUUCAGAACAUGGAAACAUAAACAAUGGGCAUCCUAUGUAAUUAGGCUGGUUUUAGGAACUAGGAAGUUGUUGUUAUUACUGAUAUCAUAACCAAUAUUACCACCUUAUUCCUCAACAUGAACACCCAUAAAAUAAACCAAAGUAAACAGAUAAAAUGAUGCAGGUCUAAGAACUACAAUGAUUCCUAUAGCUAGAACUGUUUUCUCCACAUUCUGAUGGGUUUUAGGUUUUUCCUCUUCAGGUUACAGUCAGCAGGUAUCAAUGUUCUUCACCCCGAACAAAUGAAACUGAGGGACCUUAAUGGUAGGCUAUGUGAUGAGCCCAUUUUAUUUCUUGUUGAAUAUUAUUCACACUGAUUCUGUUAAAUGUAUCACUAAGCUGGAAGUUUUUUCUGUUAAUAAGUUAGUAAAAUCAUUUUAUAUAGGAAGCAAAUACACAGAUUUACAUUAAAACAACCAUAAAACAAGAUAAAAAAGUAAAAAAGGAAAUAAA